AUGGUCGAGGCGGGAACCACUUUGGGUCUCGGCGGUUUGUAUGUCAAACCGGGAGUUGAACCAACACAGUUACCCUCACCACCGGCUCCCAAACUACUUGGACCUUUUGAAUCACUUAUCAGAUUCUCUGGACUGGACUGUCACAAACUACGAAAAGAAAGUAUACGAUCAGUGAAAGGGAUUAUGUCAGCUGUCAUUGCAGUUAUCAUUUUAAUUAUAAUGGUUGUCCAAGUGUUCACAUAUAUGCGAAUUGAGGAUAAACCAUUCACAGUCGGCUGGGCUGAAUCUACAGUAUAUGCUUUCAUGGCUCUGCAAGCAUUGAUAAGUGCGAUUGCAGUGAUCUGUUGGACUCGUGAAAACUUUGUUUCACAAUUCGAAGAUACACUUUCCCGAUUACGAACGAUGCGAUUAUCGACAAGUCAGAGUAUUGAUGACUACACGAAUUUCCAUCGAAAAGCUGCUGUCAUGAUUGUUCCUAUUUUUGCAGUUAUUCUCAGCACUUCAUUUUAUUCAUCAGUGACAAAUAGAUAUCAAUUGAAUGAUAGCAGCACAUUUUAUUCUGAAUCUAUCGUACAUCAGUUUUCUCCAUUUAUCGACUUCGUUGGUUGUCUGGCUUCUUCUCUUGCCAUUGUGAUUUAUGUAACUGUGAACACCGCUUUGAAUCGAGAAAUCAAACAUUUCAACAAAGAACUCACCAACUCUGCUAGAUUCCAACAAUUGACGCUUCCGCAAGUAUUGAACAACUACAGUAAACGUCAUUCUGAUCUGAUUCAACUGACAAGAUUUGUAAAUCAACACUUGAGCAAAUACGGAGGAAUCGUUCCAUUUUUCUCAUUGACUGCGUUUGUGAAUGUUGCUUAUAUUGUUGGAAGUUUCAAGGAGUCAUUGGAUCCAGUUAUGUACGUUUUUCUAAAUGGAUAUAUGUUCAUUUCUAUGGGAAUCACAAUUGCUGGACUAUCUCCAUUGGUGAAAGUUCAGAAUAAUAUUCAGGAAACCGCCGAAAUCCUAAUGCAUGAUGACGUAUUACAAACUUGUGGAGAUGACCAGAUGCAUCAUACCUAUCGAGUGACCUUGGAUCGAUGUCUGCAUAGUAAUUCGAAGCUAGCAUUUUUGAAUGCAUUCCCUGUUGACUCGAAUUGUUUCAAUCGAAUCAUUUUCUUUGUUCCUAAUAUUUCAGCCGCCAUGAUCCUCUACAGAUUAUCUCAUCCGAACUUGUAA